AUGCGUCCCGCUCUCCAGAGAGGCGUACGGACUCUGUCCUGGACUCGAGUUGUCCCUCGGCAUCGACAGACGCGAUGCGUUCAGAUUCGCGCGGCGCCCGCCGGGCCCACGGUGAACGGGGACCAUCUCCCUCUCGCCAGCACGCCCAGUUCCGCUGAGUCUCGCGAUGCUCGGUUCGACGUGGUUGGCGCUCCAUACUCGCUCCUUUCAGUAUCGCUCUCGGCGUCGCAAAACCUAUACACACGACGGGGAACCUUGGUGGGACUGAGUGGAAAGGCGGACAACGUGGUCUCGUCCUUGAGCGUGCUAGAGCCGUUCCGGCGGGCUGUUGUUGGGGUGCCCUUUCUUUACCAGAAGGUUUCCUCGGCAAGUCCGGUCACAGCACUCGUUUCCGUCCGAUCGCCGAACACCUCGUUUGCCGUUGUGGAUGUCAAUGGAUCUGUGGACUGGAUGGUCACUCAAAGGCGAGCUCUGCUCGCAUGGACGGGUCGGUCUCUGACAAUCAAACCGACUAUCAACACCAACCUGAGCCUGGCCCACUGGGGUAGCUCCGAGAUUACUGGCAGGGGAUUAAUAGCUCUGGUUGGCAAUGGGCAGCUCUAUUCGGUUGAACUGAAAGCCGGGGAACAGUACAUCGCUCAUCCCAGCAAUGUGGUCGCCUACACAAUGUCCUCCAACCCACCGCGCCCUUACCGCUUCAAAUCCACCACUCUGAACUUCCAGGUCCCGGGUCUGAAGACGCUACCAAGACUGUUACAGAACAACAAGUUCAUUCGCGACAUGUCCGAUUCCGAAACAUGGAAGUCCACAAUGCGAUUCUUCCACAAGCUGCGGACUUGGUCUCGAAUGACGAUCUGGGGAGACCGGCUCUUCCUGCAAUUUGAUGGCCCCACCACGCUGCUCGUGCAAUCACGCGGACCUCGUCUGAACGACGUCUUGUCCGAGCGCGAAGUAAACGAGAUUGCCAGUGCCCCUCGAGGCCUGACAACCCGUGGUCAAGCUGAGGCAGGGGAAAAGAAAGCCGCUGAGGAGGCCGUCAACAACGUCCCGGAUCUUGCACGCUCCGUCGAUGAUCUGAGCCACGAGAUCCGGGGGACGAGCCAAAGCGUUGCCCAAAUCCGAAAGGAUGGCAAGGUGGACAUUGAAGAAGUGGGCCGCACGAAAUAG